AUGGUGAUCUUCAAGAUGAGUCUAGACUUCAUCUUGUGUGGGAAGUGUUUUCGUUUGAACUCUCAUCUUAAUGUGCAUAAAAGAACCCACACAGGUGAGAAACCGUAUUCCUGUCCUGAGUGCGGGAAAUGUUUUGCACAUCAAUCAGUUCUUGUCAAUCAUCAGAGGUCACACAGGGGAGAAAGGCCGUAUUCCUGUUCUGAGUGCGGGAAAUGCUUUGUACAAAACUCAACUCUUGUCACACAUCAAAGGUCUCACACGGGGGAAAGGCCGUAUUCCUGUUCUGAGUGCGGUAAAUGCUUUAGACGAAAGUCAACUCUUGUCAAACAUCAAAUCUCUCACACCGGAGUGAAGCCGUAUUCAUGUUCUGACUGCGGAAAAUGUUUUGUGGAAAAAUCGCAUCUUAUUACACAUCAAAAGUCUCACACAGGGGAAAAUCCGUAUUCCUGUCCUGAGUGUGGGAAAUGUUUUCUAGAAAAGUCCUCUCUUCACAAACAUCGGAGAUCGCACCAAGAGGAGAAGCUGCAUUCCUGCCCUGAGUGCGGGAAAUGUUUUGUAAAUAAAUCACGUCUUGUCAUACAUCAAAAUUCUCACACGGGGGAGAAGCCUUUUUGCUGUUCAGAGUGCGGGAAAUGUUUUUUGGAUAAAUCCACUCUUAAUUAUCAUCAGAGACUGCACACGGGUGAGAAACUCUAUUCCUGUUCUGAGUGCGGGAAAGGUUUUGUAAAAAAAUCAGUACUUGUCGCACAUCAGAGGUCUCACACAGGGGAGAAGCCUUUUUGCUGUUCAGAGUGCGGGAAAUGUUUUUCAGAGAAGUCCACUCUUCACAAACAUCAGAGAUCUCACACGGGGGAGAAGCCGUAUUCGUGCGCUGAGUGCGGAAAAUGUUUUGUAAAUAAAUCUAAUUUUGUCACGCAUCAAUAUUCUCACACGGGGGAGAAGCCCUUUUGCUGUUCAGAGUGUGGGAAAUGUUUUUCAGAGAAGUGCUCUCUUAAGUGUCAUCAGAGAAUGCAUAUGGGUGAGAAGCUAUUUUCCUGUUCUGUGUGCGGGAAAUGUUUUGUAAAAGAAGCAAUACUUGUCGCACAUCAAAGGUCUCACACGGGGGAGAAGCCAUUUUCCUGUCCUGAGUGCGGGGAAAGUUUUUCAGCUAAGUCCAGUCUUUCCAAUCAUCGAAACUCUCACACGAGGGAGAAGCCAUAUUCCUGUCCUGAGUGUGGGAAAUGUUUUUCAGCUAAGUCCAGUCUUUCCAAUCAUCUGAGAUCUCACACGAGGGAGAAGCCACUUCCCUGUCCUGAGUGAGGGAAUUGUUCCUCACUGAAGUCCUGACUUCCUGUACAUCAGGGGUCCCACAC